AUGUUUAUAAAACCCAUUCAAGAUUCAGAAACAGCUACAGAAGUUACUUAUGAAAUUUCUCGAAUGAUAGCAAAGCGAAGUCGCCCCUUCAAUGAUGGGGAUUUUGUAAAAGAAUGCAUAGAAAUUGCCGCUAAGAAAAUGUGUCCAGAAGCAGCAAAAAAGUUUGAGAAAAUUCAACUGAAUCGUAUGACUAUCCAAAGACGAAUUAUGUCUUUGUCAGGCAAUAUUGCGGAACAAUUAACUGAAAAAACUAAGAUCAUUGAUUUUUUUUCAUUAGCACUCGACGAAUCCACUGAUAUUAGUUCCACAGCUCAACUUCUCAUAUUCAUACGAGGUGUUACUCAAGAUUUUGAAGUCUUAGAACAGUUAUUAGGAAUGUGUCCAUUGAAAGGUCAAACCAAAGGAGUUGAUAUACUCAAUGUACUUUUGGAUGAGUGUUCAAAAACUGAUUUGGACUUAUCAAAAUUAUCGGGAGUUGCGACUGAUGGUGCUCCUUCGAUGAUUGGUGUCAAUUCCGGACUAGUUACUUUGCUGAAAAAGCAUCUGCAAGAAAAAAACAUAAACGCUGAAGAUCUCAUGCAGUUUCACUGCAUUAUACACCAAGAAACCCUCUGUUCUAAAAAAAUUGAAUUUCAAAAUGUCAUGAAAUUGCUAGUUUCGACUGUAAAUUUCAUAAAAUCACGAGGACUCAAUCACAGGCAAUUCAAACAAUUCCUUGAUGACAUCGAAAGCGAAUAUGGAGAUUUACUGUAUUAUACAGAAUUGACAUUACAAAUCAUUUGA